CUGCCUUUCCCUCUUUCUCUUCGAGUCUUUCCAGCGCGGGAGUGAGACGCUACGUGGCUCUGCCUGACUCACCGCUGUUCGCUCGGCACCUGCUCUGCUCCGUCGGACGAAUAAGUCGGUCAGGGAGUUGAUCAGCCAUGGCAUUUAAAGAUGCAGGAAAAGCCCCUGUUGAACAGGAAGUAGCUAUACAUCGUAUCAGAAUCACACUCACAAGUCGCAAUGUGAAAUCAUUAGAAAAAGUGUGUGCUGACUUGAUCCGUGGAGCCAAGGAGAAGAACCUGAAAGUAAAAGGACCCGUGCGCAUGCCCACUAAGACUCUGCGCAUCACUACAAGAAAAACACCCUGUGGUGAAGGAUCCAAGACAUGGGAUCGGUUCCAGAUGCGCAUCCACAAGCGUCUAAUUGACCUGCAUAGUCCUUCUGAGAUUGUGAAGCAGAUCACUUCCAUCAGCAUUGAACCUGGUGUAGAAGUUGAAGUGACUAUUGCUGAUGCUUAAAUACAACUCUUCCUGUUAAAUAAAAUUUACAAGAACUACAAAUUGA